ACUGAUCACACACUUGUUACUGUACUCGCAUUGCACACUUGCUGGAAGGAGAGGAGAGGAGGCGUUUCUCUCUCUGCGCUUUUUCUUUUUUUUCUUCUUCUUGUUUCUUAUCUCUCGUGAUUGCCGCGAUAUCGAUUUUACAUUAUUUAUUUCUUUUUUUUUAUAUUCAUGUCUUUGUCUUUAGUAGAGGGAUCGUCGUCUUUAGAACGCACAUUGUCCUCCUCAUCACCGUUGGCACGCACACGAUCGCAAUCGCAUCCUACUACUAUGCCUAGUACAAUGUAUCAACAGUAUCCACACAACGACGACGACAAUGAUGACCUCGUAGACGACUAUCAGGAGGACGAUCCCGACGCCCACUUUGCGUAUCUAAAGGAUGUACUCGCUGGAACGAUUGAUCCCCCCGUCGAUACGCACUGGAUGGAAAAGAGCCAUGCCAUGCACUCGGUCGAUGUCCUCUUGGAACAGAUUGAUUCUGCUAUUCGCGAUUUGAAUACAGCCAUGGACGAUGGAGAGGAACAACAGGAAGAUGACGACGACGAGUUGGAGAGGAGAUUGACGGCCACUUCCACGCGCUCCGCUCCUCGCCCUUUUCCGCAUCAGCGCUCUCGGCACGUUUCCGGAGAGGCCGCUGUGGAAGGAGCUGAGCGCACGGGAUCCGUAACGAUUUGGGACCACAAACGAGCUCACUCGGCCCCCGCUCCUGCUCCCGCUCCUCGUCUCGUCGCCGCCGAGCCAAACACUGUCGAUUCCAUUGCAUCAACAACAUCACCAUUAUCGUCCUUGUCGUCAUUAUCAUCAUCUGCCGAUCCUCUCAUCUUGCAUGCAGGCUACCUCCGAAAACUCACCCACUCCCGGCCGCUAGGCUCAAAAACAUACCGCCCCCGCUUCCUCGUCCUCACAUCCUCCCAUCUCUACCUCUUUCGCUCCUCCAACCCCCAAGAAGCCUCCAUCACCGCUCUCCCCAUCACUCCCACAACAGCCGCCUACGUCUCGGAAUCGGGACUCUGGGUCCUCCAUGUCCAGUCGCAGGGCAUGGACGAGUCUGGGGCAUUCGUUACCCGAAAUUGGUCCUUGCAAUGUGCAGACAAGGAGGAAAUGGUUGGGUGGUUGGCAGCAUUGCGGACGGCCAUUGAACGGCGGCGCAUGUCGCUCAAGGGCCGUAGUGACAAGCUACCGGGACUAAAUGUCUUGUCGCAGCAUGGCCGUGGCAUCCUCUUGCAAGAAUUGUCGCAUCAUACGUCGUCCUCGACGCGGCCCGUGGCUGCGUUUGGACAACCUGCCACCUUGUUUGGAUCCGGGUACGGACAAACCGGGUACGGGGGACCGCCGACCACGCCCGGAUCCAACCCAGACCUCUCUCCCGCCCUCGCCAUCCUCGAGGGCCUCGAACGUCUCCACUCGCCCACCUCCCCAACCACCACCAACAGCACCGAACCACGCGACUACUUUACCAUCCCCAUCACCACCCAACCCUCCACAUCCUCAUCGCGCGACGAUGCUUCCAUCAACUCGAGCGACACACCCACCGAAACGAAAAAGGAGAGAAAGGCCCGAGAAAAGAUGGAAAAGAAGGAAAAGCUCAAGCUCAAGAAAAAGGAUCAAGGGCUAUCCUUUGGUGCGGCCAUGAGUAUGGUGAUUUGAGUGGUACCCUUGUUGCAUGCCUGCCUGCCUGCCUGGAUGCAAUCAAAACCAACGUCUCCCUCCACGCCACACUGCCGACGCACACUGCACAAACCCCACGCACGCACGCACGCACGCACGCAAAACACACACACACACACACAUACACAUACAUACAUGCCACCCCUCGGUCCCCCUGUGCAGCGUGGACGGUCCGUACCGCCCAAUACCGCACCGUACACACUCCCACCAAAAUCACUCGUCCACACCGUGUGCGAAACAGGUCAAGACGGGUGGAACAAAGAAAAAAGUGGGAUAUCGUUGUAUGUGUGUGUCAACUAGUUAGGACCUCGUAGAAUAUAAAUGUAAUGUCUAUGAUGGGUUUGUGCACAAGUAAAAAAAAAAAAAAAAAAAAAAAAAAAAACACAUGCGUGUGUGUGUGUGCAAGCUAUAGGAUGGUGAAGAGGGGAAAACAAUGUACAGUAUGCAAUGUAUGUGUUUUGAAUGGGUUUUAUAGAUUUUUUUUUUUUAAUGUUGAUCAUUAUUUGAAUUGUAAUUGUCGUUUUUUAUUUGAUGUUUCAAUGUUUUUAUAGAGUGUGUGUCGUCCAGUACAUAGGCACACCAAAGAAAAAGAGAGACGAUAGAAUGACUAAAAGAUGUUUAUGAAUGGACAAACGGAUAUAUGGCACUACUAAAUGCUAACAUGUAAAAACAAAACCCCAAUACAAGACGCUAUAUACAUCUCCUCCCUAUAUCACACAAACAUUCACUCUUUGGACGACGCCAUAAAAUGCUUCAAAAGCUCUUUCCCAUACAACCUCCCAACCUCCCCAG